AGCAUUCGCACAUAGUAUUACCUCGGGUUGACGCGCACACGUUCGAUGAUUCUAUCGCUUUCGUGAUGAGGUGUCUGUCAGUUCUUCAGCGCUAGUGUCGCGACAUCAACACUGCCAAGCCUUCAACUAGUUCAAAGAAUUAACAAAAUAACAAUGCACCCUUCUCAGCGUUAGCGACUUAUACUCUGUCCUAAGAUGACGCUGCUAUAGCGGCCAACCGCCGGACCAACAGUCUAACAAGAUGCGGCCGGCCGCUGCGGGGGCUUGCGUGGCCGCGGCUGCCGGGUACGCGGCAUCUGUAGCGGCCGUCCGCGUGCGGAGACAGCUGCGCGGCGGGACGCUGGUGGCCCUGGCGGCCGGCGGCAACGGAAGCCACGUGUUCCCCGCACUGGCGAUUGCUCAGGACCUGCAACGCAGCGGCGUGCAGGUGGUGCUGCUGGGCGAGGGACCGCCCAGUCUGGAGUCCGAGGUGGCGCAGCAGUCCGGCCUGCCGCUGCUGGCAACCCCCUCCGUGCAGCUGCGGCCGCCCCUCAGGAGCGCGGCGAACCUAGCCAGCGUACUCAGGUUCCCGCUGUGUGUUGCGUGCAGUGCCUGGGCGCUGCUGCGGUGCGCCCCGGACGUGCUGGUGGGCACCGGGGGGCGGGUGGAGGUGCCGGCAUGCCUGGCCGCAGCGGCACUGGGCAUACCUCUGUUGCUAUACGAGCCGAACGCCAAGCCCGGCGCCGCCAACCGGGCCCUACACUGGCUGGCUUGCCGUACCCUGUUGGCGUACGGCAGUGCGGCGGGGGAGCUGCGGUUCAAGGAGAGGUGUCAGGUGGUGGGGCCAGCAGUCCGGUCCGAGGUGCUUGCCUACGCCCCUCCCUGCGACGGCGGCACAGCAGCCCAACAGCAGCAGCAGCAGGAGCAAUGCCGGCGGCGGCAGCGCUGCCGGGCUCGCAAGUCCCUGGGUCUGCCCGCCGGCCGGGGCGCUCGAGUGCUGCUGGUGCUGGGCGGCUGGCGCGGCUGCGGCUACCUCAACUGCGCGCUCAACAACGCACUGCCGCAGCUGGCAGGCGUGCCAGGUUUGUUCGUGCUGUGGCACACGGGUGCAAAGCAGCACCGGGCCUACGCGGAGGGCUACGCGGCCAGCCUACCAAAUGUCCGCUGCGUGCCCCACCUGCCCGACAUGGGUGCCGCCCUCGCAUCCGCGGACCUGGUGCUCAGUCGCGCGGGGGCGGCCACGGUGGCGGAGCUGGCGGCCUGUCGCACCCGCGCGCUGCUGAUGCCCUCGCCGGCAACAUGCGAGCAGCAGCAGGAGGCGAAUGCCAGGGUGCUGGAGGAGAGGGCACUGCGUGCUGUGGCCCAACCGCCGCAGGUCUGGCGGAGGUUGUACGGCAGGUGGAUGUGGACGAGUACGGCAUCGCACCCCGGCUGCUGCCGCUGCUGCUGGCGCCGGAGGGAGGGAGGA